UUCCCUUCUUCUCAACUUAAAUCGCUUUCUGGGUAUUGAGUAGAUGACAUUAACUGUUUCUGGCGACGAUUUACUUUCCCUGUCACAUUCUCUGUAAACUAUUUGUAUAUAUUGAUUACCUCCCAAAGCUUCAAUCUUUCUUCUCCUUUGCUGAGUUAUGCUCAUGGGGAUUGCUUUCUAACUGAUUUAAUUAUAUGGGUUUAGCAGAUUUUGUGGAAAAGAUCUGACUUUGAGUAAUGGCUCCAGCUAAAGUUGAUGUCACUAAGAAGGUUGACCCAAAGGCCAAGGCCUUGAAAGCUGCCAAAGCGGUGAAGUCAGGCCAAGUCAUUAAGAAGAAGGCGAAGAAAAUCAGGACAAAGGUGACAUUCCACAGGCCAAAGACAUUGACAAAGGCUAGAGACCCAAAGUACCCACGCAUCAGUGCAACUCCAAGGAACAAGUUGGACCACUACGGAAUCCUCAAGUACCCACUCACCACUGAGUCCGCUAUGAAGAAGAUUGAAGACAACAACACCUUGGUCUUCAUUGUUGACAUCCGUGCUGACAAGAAGAAGAUCAAAGAUGCUGUCAAGAAAAUGUAUGACAUUCAGACCAAGAAAGUCAAUACCCUCAUCAGGCCUGAUGGAACGAAGAAGGCUUACGUGAGAUUGACUCCUGAUUAUGAUGCUCUUGAUGUGGCUAACAAAAUCGGAAUCAUCUAAACUAUUAUCAUCCGAACUCUACUUUUGGAGUUGAAACAGACUUCUUGUUCUUCUCUUCCUAAGUCCCAGUUUUGCUAGAGAGAUACUAUGAUGAUGUUUUAUUAUGUGCUUUUUAAGUUGGAUUCAAAGAUAUGGUUUGGUAUUUCUAUUGCAAUCUCUUUUGAAAGCGGUUAAUAUGCCUUUUGACUCGUACCAACAAUUUAACCAACUUAAAAAUUCAAAUGGGCUUUCUGUAAAUAGUAAUA